AUGGCUUAUAGUGGCAGUGGCGGUGGUUUUUCCAGCAACGAAGGUAGCGGUGGCAACGUUUGGAGUUCGGGUUCUCGUGGUGGAUCACGUGGAGGUUAUUCUCGUCCAAGUAAUGACGAUAAUGAUGACCGAAGAGGAGGUGGAUCAUAUCGUGGGUCGUUUGGAAAUAAUAAUUCAAGACGUGGCGGUGGUGGUUAUGGAUUUCGUCGACAAGAAGGCAGUGGAGAAGUUGAAACCCUUAGAGACGCAAUUUUCAUACAAAAUUUACCGAAAAAUAUAACACGAGAUCAAAUAUUUGAUGCUUUUUCAACUGUUGGAACAAUUAAAACUGAUGAUCGAUCAGGUGGUCCAAAAAUCUGGAUCUACAAGGAUCGUGAUACCGGUGAAGGAAACGGUCGUGCUACCGUAACUUAUGAAGAAGAAGAAAGUGCCAAUAAAGCCAUUUCGGAAUACAAUGAUCAACAUAUUGAUUCAAUCGAUACAUCUGUUCGUGUUCAACUUGCACAACGUCGUCCACGUAAUAAUGAUGGCGGUGGUGAUCGUGGUGGCCGAGGUGGUUAUCGUGGUGGUCGUAAUAAUUGGGAUAACGGUUCCCGUCAAGGUUUUAGUUCAGGCAGUGGUGGUCGUUGGAGUAAUGCCGAAGGUGGUGGCGGCAGAGGAGGAGGUUUUUCCGAUAGUCGAAGUGGCGGUGGUGGUGGUGGUGGUUUCCGAGCCGAAGGUGGUAGCGGCGAAUUUUUCCGAAGCGAAGGUGGUGAUCGUGGUGGUGAUUCCUAUCGUGAUAGCCGAAACGGUUCAUACCGCGGUGCUAGUCGCGGUAAUGGUGGUUCAUCAAAUUAUUCACCAUAUUAA